AAAGAAAUUCCCGAUUUUAGUCUGAAGCCUAUUUGUAAGUUCAACGUUUUUUAGCCUUUGUCUUAUAAUAAUACUAAUGAAAAUAGUUUAUGAUGGUAGAAAUGUGUCCAAAUAAGAUUAGGAAUUUCAUUUGAGAUUUUUUUAAAAGAAUGUAGAUGUUGCUUAACUUUUAAAAUAAAUGCAACCAUGGCAAAUUUUAAGUAGAGCGUUGAGUGUUGUCACAACAGUGUUGUGCUUUCUGCUUUAGGCCAGUAUAGUAUCAGUAUCAGUUGAAUAGGCCAGUACUCCAACUCAAAUUUUCAAAUACGUCUGACAUACGCAAAGCAUAUCUUGGAAAGAGCUUUUACUUAGCUUUCCAAUGACACCCAGAUAAUCUUUCUAUCAUUUAGACAUAUAGCAGAAAAGUUAUGAAAUUUUUAGUGAUUUAUUUUUUCCCCACUAUUUAUUUGGCUUUGUUUUUUUUUUUUUAAUCUUUUAAAACUCUGAUCGCAUUAUUUCUCUUUUCUUUGGUACUAUUUUGCUUUUAUCUUCUUGGCUAUUACUUAUUAUUACUAUUAAAGUUAGAGCGCUCAAAUUUGCAAGAGACAUUUACAAUACAAUUUUUAACAAAACAAAGCACAUGAAUUGUGAAUUUACUUAUUAUAUUUUAUAAUUCAUAUAAAUUUCAAUCAAAACACCAGUACACAAAAUAAUGAAAAUCUCCCUUAAGAGCAUCAGAAACAAAAUUUGACAAUGUUAUUUUUUCAUGAUCUGUGUCAGAAAAUACCAACUCUAAAAACAAUUUUACAGAUUUCUUACCCUAACCAACUAUAUUGCUGGUUUAGCCAGCAUCCCAACAACAUACACCUCAAGCACCCUGUAUAAGGCGGAUAAAUCCUAUAGCCAGAGCAGUAACUGGCCCAAAAAAACAUGGACACAGUUUAUGGAUCAGGUGCCCUAGCAAUACUUCAUCCUCAUUGAUUGGUAGACUGAACACAUCUUCUUCUGUUUUCAAUAUUAAAUUGGGUUGUUUCUUGAUCUCUAGGUGGGGAAUGCAUGUCCUCAUGUGUGGAAUCGGUUUAAAAAACAAAGAAAAGGGGCUAAAGCUAAUGCAUUGCCAUAAUCUUUUCACAAGGAAUGAUGAUAAUUCAAUAUGUAACUCUGAAAAAAAAUUAAAAAAAUUAAAAUAUAGUACCGGUACUGCUAAUUAAGAAUACAUACAAAAACUGUGAUUCAAUUGUCUUAAACAGGACACACAAUGUUCUUCAGUUUAUCUACAUUUAUAGCUGUUAAUAACAUAGAGCCAGAGGCUAUCUUAACCUCUCUUCAUGUCACCUCACUCUUAUAUUUCUAUUCCAUAAUAAUUAAUAAUAUAUGGGCACCAUAAUUCCUUUAUUUCAAAGUGUAAGUGUUCAUGAACAUUUAAAAAUACCCAUAAUGGCCAGCAAGGUCCAACAAGUUCAGAGAUUCACAAACUUUAUCAGUCAACAACUGGAGAUACUCAAGCAAGAGAGGAAAAAUCUCCGAGAUACUGCAGAUGACGCAAUCAGUCAGGUAGGCUCUAAAUGCUUAUUUUAGAAUAAUUUAAUAGCAAAAUGUCAUAAAGAGCUAAAUAUCUAUUGUUCCAUACAAUCAGAGGAAUGCCACAGACACAGCACAGCACCCACAAAUAACCUUUCUGUUUAGUUUGAUAAACCCGGCCUACUCUAUAUAAAUGAUUUAAUUUAAUUAUUUUUUUAAAUUUAAAGAACAGAUAGCUACAUGUAGUGAUGAUAUACUUUGAAUGGAGCAUUAGUUAAAACAUUAAAAAAUAUUAUCAUAAGAGUGUUAUCUUGUCAAGCUUCAUAAAUUAGGCAUUAUAAUUUGACAUUUAUUGCCCUUGCUGAUCAGAGCUGGUCAGUUUCUUCAGCAUUUACAAAUUAUGCUGUACAACAGUGUAUCAAAGUAAAGCAUAAUUUCAAGGACGAUUAUAUUGAUUACUAAUUGCUGCCUCUGUUUGUAAAUAACACCAUAUUAACAUAUCAAAACAAAUAUUUCCUUUUGUCUAAACUAUAAAAAGAUAUUUUAAAAACAGAUUAAAAUAUUGUAAAAUAUUUUAAAAUUCAAAAUGUUAUACUGUAUUCAAUGACAUGUACCAGCAUUUUAGUUUUGUACUGAAAUAAGCUAACAACAAAGUCAUGCAUAAAAGGUAGAUUAAAUGAUGCAUUUAAUAGGUACAAGGAGAAGUAGAUGCCUGGGUCCAUGGAGGGCUUGUCAAUCAGUCAACAUGUGCCAGGAUGAAUAACAGAAUUCAGCAAGUUAUAACUUUGUUGAUGGCCAAGACUGUUGAAAUUUCAGGUAUUUUUGUUUAUGUAAGCUAUUUUCAUAUAUUUGUGGAAUAUUCCAGACAUUAACAUAAUAUAUUUAACGUAAUAUUAGAAAGUAUAUAGUUGUACGAAUUUUUAGUUAUUCAAAAUAAAGUUAAAUCAUAUUAUAGAUUUGAUUUUAAUUAAAAUGAAGUGUUUUAAAAAAAACAAAACAUUUAAUGAUAUAUUUAUAUAAAAGAUUUCUGGUUUCAAUAAUUUCAUAAAAAGUGUUUUUUUUUGGCAAGUCUUUUAUUGCACCUAACUUUGAUUUGUUUUUAGCAUAAACAGAAAAAGAGUAAAGAAUGUCAUUAUUUAAAUUACAUUAUUUAUUUUUAUGUCUUAAGAUCUAGAGAUUAAAGAAAGUGAAAGUGAGAUAAAUCAAAUGACUUUAGCAAAAAGCAAUGAUUCAACAAAUCCUAAGCUCAGUCACACAAGCGAAGAAUCCGAAGAUAAAACGAUGCCUAAAAGAGAAGACACACUACAUAAAUCAGGUAGAUAUUUGUUGGUACAAAAUCUUUAUUUCUUUAAAAUGCUGGGGUUUUUUUUUUUUUGGCUGGCUUGCAUGUAUAUGAAUUCAAUGAUAUGAAUUUGCUUGAAACUAAUUGAUAAACUUUAAUUUAUAUAAUAUAUAAAAACAAAACAAGAAUUUAAAAAAAACUAGGAUUAUCAGUGUUAUGAAGGAGAUGAUUUAAAAUACACUUAUUGAUUGUCCUUGAUCAAAAUUGGAAACAGUUAGUAUGAGGCCAUUUAAGAGAGGGAUCAUACAUUUCCAUUCCUUUGACUACUAUGGUUAAAACUAAUUUCAAUUGAUUUCAAUUUCUAUUGAAAUACAGGUGAAGAUACUGACAAUAUUUCCACUAUGAGAAUUUCCAGACUAGAGGAAGCUGUACUCUCACUUAAAAAGACAACAGAACAUAGUCAAGAAAAACAAGAAAUUGUCAACAAAAAACUGGAAAUCUUAACAAACGCGAAUUUAAAAUCAAAGACAAAAAUUCAAGGAAGACUUACUGAACUUGAGAAAACAAGCAAAGAAAUUUCCUCAAAUGUUGAUGAUUUGUUUGAAACUGUAACAAAUGUUGAUGAAAAGUUAAACAGAUCAGAAGAUGAAAAUAAGUCUGUCAAUGUCUCAAUGAAUGAACUCAAUAAACAGAUCAGCUCUGUUAGAACUUGUAGCAAUGACGCCCUUAUGUCCAUACAAGAUUUGUCAAAGAGCGUCGAGAGUUCAAAUCAAAAUUAUAAUGAAAUGUCUAAUAAAAUGGAUCAACUGGAAAUCUCCAUUAAUCUGAUGUCAUCUCAGUACACCGAGCAGUUUGAAAAUAUGAGCAGUCUCAAUACGGAUAAAGUUGAUGAUAUGGUAGUUAAUAAUAUAUUUUAGCUAAAUUAUGUUAUAAUAACCUUAGUAAACUGAAUUAAGAAUUUAAAGUGUUUUCAUUUAUUUCAAAGUAAUUAUGUUACUAAAACAUGUUAUUUUAUAGGGUUUAAUAAUUAAAAAGAAAAUUAAAUACAAUUAAUAUAAAUACAAGGCAUAUAUUUGAUAAACAUUAAAAAAUAUUUUAAAUGACUAAUUUUAAUUAUGUCAUUAAUCAAAAUGUGGAAAAAAAUAAUUUAAAAUGACAUGACUGACAGAUGUCAAGAUAUAUAAAAACAACUAUCCGGUUUUUUUGUAUACCAGCAUGACUUACUGCCAUACGCAUUGUACUAAACUAACACAAUGUUUUUUUCUUUUAAAGUUUGGUAUGGUAUGUCAGAUACUGGCUAAAAGGUUAACUCCAUUGGAAGAACUAAGAGAAAAUUUAAAUACAACUAUCAGUACAAGAAAAGAAUUGUCACAAAAGGUGAAUAUACUUUUUUUUUUUUUUUAGAUGUGUUCAACUUUUGUCAUUGACACCAUCAGUUUGAUAAAAAAAUAAACUUAUUUUAGAAAAAAUUUAAAAACAAAUAUAAAUAAAAAAAAAAAAUUAUCACAAAAGGUUAAUUUUCUUUUUUUUUUUUUUUAGAUGUGUUCAACUUUUGUCAAUGACACCAUCAGUUUGAUAAAAAAAUAAACUUAUUUUAGCAUGCAAAUGCUUUUGUGCAGUAAGUACCUGGAAUAUUAGACUUCCAGGUACUGAGUUAACUGGGGCUUUUCUGCAGCUGCCUUUCGGUUGGCUUCAUGUUGUAUGGAGUGUUUGUGUCUAGAGGAACACCACUUCACUUGAUCCUUCUUCCGAUUCUUCCCAUUUUCGGGCUCUAAAUCGAACGCUUUCAGUGAGGUUUUCAGGUUGUCUUUCAAGCGUUUCUUCUGUUCUCCAUCAAACCGCCUUCAAUGCUCGAGCUUACCAUGGAAUAUUUUUUUGCUCAUGCAGUCAUCUGACCUUUGCACCACAUGGCGCCUCAAGUGAAGCUUGGACUUCAUUAAAAUGGUGAGGAUGCUAAGGACCUACUAGAACCUCAGUGUCUGGGAACCUGUGCUGCAAAGUGCAAUUUGGUGAUGAGGAUUUUCAUGAGACGUGCAUCAAAGGGUUCAACAUUCUUGCAUGGUUUUAUCUACUUGUCCGCGCUUCAUGGGCAUAGAGAAGUGUAGGGAUCACAGUCGCCUUGUACUUGUAUAUUUGUAUUUUAGUUUGAUGAUGGUUACACGUUGACGUGCACUUAUUUCACUCUACAACAUUUUAAGGCUAUGUUAUUGUUGCGCACUGGCCUCUAUUGUGAGAAAUUAAUCUCUUGUUUUAAGUUAUGGCUCGUUCAAACAGUUUCCUUUUGAACGCAUUAUUUUGUUUUACGAUAGAGUAUAGUGCGUUCAAAAUGAAAUUUGAUGAAUUAUUUAUCGUGGGAAUUGAAAAGAAUUUCCGUUCGAUCAAAUUUCCUUCGAUCAAUUUACCGUCGACGAAAUCUUUCGAUCAAAUUUCCGGUAACCAGCAUUCUAUGCUAAUGAACUAUUUGAUCUUAAAAUUAGAACUGGAUGUUAUGUUGUUUUUUUUAAAUUUUACUAACCUUUUUUAUUAGUGUUAAGACCAUUUUGACCUUAUCGUCCAGCCCAUUAAAUGUCUUGUACUUGAUAUGAUAACACCAACACUUACACGACAAAUGGAAUCGUCGUUUGGUGUAUUGAUAAAACAAACCUAAAUCCAUUACCUGAUGGAUUUACUAAAAUAUGGGAACUGAUUUGAAAUAAAGCAAUUAUAUGCUGAUCGACGCUUAAAACUAGAGAUAAACUCUUCGUGAAAAGGGAUUUCUGUCAAGGAAUAAAUUGAUAUCGACUUUUGGUUGUUGUUUUUUUUGUUGUUGUCUGGGUAAUCAAAAGGGUUUACACUGCUGUUUCGUAUGACACUUUAAUCAAUGUUUUCCAGUAUAUCACGCUCAUUCUAUUUUCUUGUAAAUUGUUAACAUUUUCAGGUCCAAAAUCCAAUCUACGAUGAUCGCCAAAAGCCAAGCUACGAUGACGCCCAACACAGAGUUGCUUUCACCUCUGCUCCUCGGAUCAACUUUUGGCCAUUUCCAUUGCCGCAGGGUGCAGAGCCAGGAGUCAGAAGCGCAAUUAGGGGGGCGGGCAGAGGUGCCCCUGGUACUCAGCCACAAAAAAAGCUUGACAAAUAUUAAUAUAAUUGAACCACUUUGCCCCUGUUAUAAUUCAUAAUGAGAUUGUGAUUGUGAAAAGUCUGCACUUAAUUUGAGAGCAGCGGGAGAGAUCCUAAUUAAAAAUUUAGGUUUCACUUUACCUCAGAGUGGGGGGGGGGGGGGCCUCCGAUAUUUUUGGGUUUUAGUUGUGCUGUAGACACUUUUUGUAUAAUCCAAUUAGAAUGUAAGGUGGUGGAAAGACAAAACCUAAAAUUUUGCAGGUGGGUCUCAGAAAUUCAAGCGAUGUCUCUGCUUAACCUAAUUUUGCUAUAUACAUAUUUUUUUACAUUACUAAACAACGGUGGUUUUAAAUAUUAUUUAAACUAUUUUUGGGGUAAACUACUAAAUAAUUAAGAUUUUUUUUUAACUUCCAAAAAAGAUUUUCAUCACAAAAAAUCACUGCCAACAUUAUUUUAAAUGUUGAACGCAAUUGAAAAAACAUAUUUUCAACAAAUUCAUUUUUCUAAAUAAUUCCAAGUUGUUAUUAUGUGUCAAAAAGAGAAAAAAAAAUAUUGUCUAUAAAAAACUAUACAUUUUAAGGCGGUUCAAAAGUGGUUAUUUUUAUCAAUUCUUUAAGAAAUGCAUAUUUAUUUUAAAAAGUCAUGGGUUGUUUACAAAAGACAACUAUUGAUUAAUGUGUGAAUUUAUCCAUGCGAAAAUCGUAAAAUAAUAAGUAUAAAUAUUCCUUAAUUCAGUUAAUUAAAAAUUUCAUUUGGGAUUUUACACAACUAUAACUUUAUUCAAUGAAUUUAAAAUCUCAUUUUCGAUAUACUUAAAAGUCAUUUUUUUAAAAAACAAAGCCAUAGAAUUUAGUGUCAAUUUGAGCCUCUAGAUGGAGGAUUUUUAUUUCAAAAAUUCAUAAAUAAAAUGGAAGCGGCAUAAUAUUCGAAAUGCUUUUUUUAUUAUUUUUUUUUUUAUUUUUAAUCGAUUUGCUUUAUUUUCAUCUAAAAAAAUAAAUGUUUUAAAAAAUGCGUGCAGAUAGAUUGGUUGGGAGGGGGGGGGGUGGGUGGUCGUUUAUUUUUCUGAUAGUAAUUUUUUUUUUUUUUUUUUUUUUUAUUUUUAAUCGAUUUGCUUUAUUUUCAUUUAAAAAAAUAAAUGUUUUAAAAAAUGCGUGCAGAUAGAUUGGUUGGGAGGGGGGGGGUGGGUGGUCGUUUAUUUUUCUGAUAGUAAAAAGAGACAAGUUGUUGGGUAUUUAAUAUACAUAAGGAAGGCUAAGUUUCUUUUUUUUAAACUCUGAUAUUCCGGAAACUGUUACAAAAGUAAGGCAUCAAGAGAAAACUUAAGAGAUUUCGCUUUAAUAAUAAUUGGUGAAAUUUUUUCUAUUUGUGUACAUACGUUAAAUUCUUCUUUUUUUUUGUUUUGAAAAAAAAAUAUAUCAAUUUUUUUAUUUUUUUUACGCAUGAGGCCAUCUUACACUUUAUAAGUAACUUUAAAUCCCUAUUUUAAAAGUCAACUUUUAUUUUUAAAAUAAAAUUUGAAAACAUAUUGCACGUUUGAUACUUAACAAGAAUUAUUUUAAAUUAUAGACCUUUUUAUUGAAGUUACGGUAGUUAAUAAAGUUUUAUUAAAGUCUUUAAGCUUGUGAAGUUUUUAAAAAAGUAAGUAAAUAAAAAUACUUAUAUAUGCGAGCAACAUGAUGUAAGCUACAGCUUAUAAUCAGGAGCGGCUAUUUUCGAAACAGUGUGAUAUUUAUUAUCGAAUUGCGUAAGCCUCUAACGAGAUUAUUCUUAAGUAGAAGGAAUAUCAAAUCUAUCGAGCUUAGCAAUAUUUCACGGUUUCAACUAAUUGCAAUCGGUUACAGGCAUCAACCAUGACGAGAUUCAUGAUGGUGUUCAACGUUUUAAAAUUACAGGACCGAUUUUUUUUUUUGUAUUUUAACAGUAAUUAAAAAAAAACGCAAGCAAAAAUGUCCAGUUACACCUGAGCUUUUAAGUUAAACCAGCGGUUCUCAAUCUGUGGGUCAUGACCCCUUUAGGGGUCGCACGACCCUUUCCCAGGGGUCACCUUACAAAGUCUUACUGGUAUAAUAAUAUGAAACCUUAUGGUUUUGAAAGAUGAAAAACGAGGCUUUGAGAAUAUUGAUACAUGAAAACCUUUUUUUUUUAAUGUUAUAUUGAUUGUACUGUGUUCGAAUUUCACGAGCUCGAAUAAUUAGAAUCAGGUUAUAAACUAAAACAUGCACAUAUAAGUUUAAUGAGAUAUCGUCUUCUUUUACAUUCUCAGAGAACACUGCGAGUGUAAUAACUUACUUAAGACGUAUUUAAUAUUUUACACUUAACAUGUUACAAAAAUUAGCAUACAGUGAAAUGAAUCAUACGAAAUAAGUCACUACAUGUUUUUUUGUUGGAUGAAUUUAUUCAAAACAUUUUCUUAGAAUGAAUAAACCAUUUUUUUCAAAAUCA